CUACUGGCAUUUGUUGCAGAGAACUGCUGUUAUGGCAAAAGUGCUGCAAGAGAUAUGGAAAUAAAAGAUAUAACUCCUUCAAGUGCCUAUCAUUACAAACUGGAAAGUUAUUGUGAGUCCAGAUCCACAUCAUGGAAAUUUGACCCCUACUGGGGUCAGCAGAUUGAUGGUCCUCAGAAUGGCCUUGCCCCUCCACCCUGGAGCAUACCUGUGUCACCGACUCAAUUCUUUAAACCUCACGAGGCAUAUGUCGAAGUGCCCCACACUGCUUCAGUUAAGCCCUGCCAUGUUUGUAAGGCUACAGGCAUAAUCCGCUGCUAUGGAUGUGAAGGAAAAAAGAAGAUUUAUCCCAUCUCGCUUUUCCAGGAUCGAGACGUGAACAGAGUCUCGCAGCAACUUGUUGCUGCUCAUUCCCGAAACUGGCCUACCAAACGAAUAAUUCGACAGCGUCAAGCCUUGAGAUCUGUACCAGUAUCUCAAGUGAAAUAUGACUGGAAGGACGUUUCUGCUCGUUUUUGGGUGUAUGGUCUUGAUCACAAAGUGCAUGCCCCGAACUACCCCCAACAGUGCUGUUGUGGUUGCACUAUACUGUAGGAAGGAAAGGGGGAAGGGUGACUGCAAAUUGGUAUUCCGUUGAUAUUCCGUUGAUACCAUGGUUGGGGGGAGGGGGGAGGUGGUAGUUGUCCGGGCGAAUGUGGUAGUGUUUAUUUUAAAGCAAGACUGGAGCUAUCUUCUUAUUGUCGACGUACUUUACGUUUUUUUUGCGGAUUGUGGAUCCUAUUUUUUUCAUUACCAAAUUACUGCUCUAAAUCAUUUAUAGAUUUUUUUUUUUUUAAUGAACCAGGCACGUCCGUAGCGAACUUUUGUGAAACACCAGGUGCUAAGAAUGAAUGGUGGAAAUUCUUUCAAUCCCGCCGUGCGACCCUUCGCACGACCCUUAGUAGAAGCAGAAUGGACGAAGAAGGGAAGAAAAAAGCGGGGGUCAUUUGAUAUGAUGGCCAACUCCUACUGAGUCAAAAGUAUAUCUACUCAGUCAAAAAGUAUAUAGUAUCCAUCCUACUAUUUUUCAUGCUAGAGUAGUCUUGGAUGGACUGUCUCGAUUAUCUAUGGUGAAUGAACCUGGUUCGGUAACGAACUGCAAAGCUGGUGUGCGAAGUUGUCAUGCUAACGAUAUUGAGAAGUCGGGAAGUUGAUCGGAUAGGAUAGGAUAACUUUAUUUAUACAGGAUUUUUUCAUCUGUUGAUUUAGUUAAUUCUAUACUAGAAACCUA